UGCAAUCUAUAUAUAUAAGCAGCAGGAAGAUGGCAAGACUGACGAGAUGAAGAGGACACUGCAAUUAAGGUCUAGAAAUUUCACCUAUGCCUCGUAUUUUAAGGUGCGUUAAGCAACCAGAUGCAAUUUAAAAAGCAGAGCUCUGGGUGACAAAUAUAUAUCAGCGCAAAAUACUGAAAGAUGCAGUCAUGAAGAGAAGAGAUGCUCUGGGAGGAUGGAAAGGCAAAGAGCCAGCAGCGCUUUCAGACAUUUGGGUGAAGGGAGGGAGGCCAAUAAUUUAUUGAAUAAAAGCGAAGGGCGGCACGAGGGCGCAGCGGUGUCCCUUUAAGACGGCAUGAGGCGCGUGCCAAAGAGCAGCGCUAGUACUUGUCUGGACCUUACAGGCACCGCCGAUGCUUCUGCCUCUGCUUCUGCCUCUGCUUCUGCCCCCCUCUCACUUCUGGAGGACUGACACGCAAACUUGGAGAGAAGCACCUGUGGAUCACCGGGUGGAAAAGGAGAAACGCGCCCUUCAUAAAGACUAAAGCGACACUAAAGUUUUUGGCGGGUUUUCUGGGCGCGCCUCGCGUCUUCGCCUCUUGGAUGAUACCGGUGAUGGAUGACAGCACGUUCACCAGCCGUAGGAACGACACGUAUCUCUGGACAGACGACGGGCUGGACGCGCAUGAUGAUCACGAGACGCCGAGCGAGGUUCACGGAGGUCCGGAGGUGGUGAUCGUCCCCCUCGUCUUUGGAUUCAUCUUCCUCGUGGGCGUCGCGGGCAACACCUUGGUCAUGGUGGUCAUCGCGAGGACCAAGAGCCGGCGCUCCAAGAGCACCACCAACACGUUCAUCCUGAACCUGAGCAUCGCCGACCUCUCCUUCCUCCUCUUCUGCGUCCCCUUCCAGGCCACCAUCUACUCCCUGACCGAGUGGGUGUUCGGCGCCUUCCUCUGCAAGUUCGUGCACUACUUCGUCACGGUCAGCAUGCUCGUGAGCAUCUUCACGCUCGUGGCCAUGUCCGUGGACAGGUACAUCGCCGUGGUGCACGCCAAGAAGUCGCCGUGCAUCCGCAGCCAGAGGAACGCGUCGGCGGGCAUCGCCGUCAUCUGGCUGCUGUCGCUCGUGUUCGCCGUGCCCGUGGCGCAGCACCAGCGGCUCACCAAGCACCGGGACGCGCCCAACAGCUCCUUUUGCUGGGAGGAAUGGCCCGAGAGAGUGUCCAGACACACCUACAAAGUGACCAUCCUGGUCAUUGGCUACUUGUUACCCCUGCUUUUGAUUACAUGCUGCUACGCGAAGGUGGUGUACCACCUACAUAAAAAGAUAAAGAAUAUGUCAAAGAAAUCAGAACGCUCCAAGAAAAAGACAGCUCAGACUGUGCUCCUGCUCGUGGCUGCCUUCCUGAUGUGCUGGCUCCCGCACCACGUCGUCGUCAUGUGGGUGGAGUUCGGUACUUUCCCCUUGACCGACGGCUCUUUCGUCCUGCGCAUCGUCUCACACUGCCUCGUCUAUGGCAAUUCCUGCGUGAACCCCAUCCUCUACGCCUUCCUGUCGGAGAACUUCCGCAAGGCCUGCCAGCAGGUCUUCACAAGCAGACUGUUGACUUCGGCACCUCCAGUGGCCACAGUCGUCCGCUUACGGAUGGAGAACUUCUCCACCACCCAUUCUACCACCAAUGUGUGA